AUGACAAGAUCCCUGCGCCGAGCUUGUGCUAAGCCCAAAGUAUGUGCCAAGCAAAAAGCCGAGAAAGCUUGUGACAAGGUGAAGUGCACCAAACUUGGACCAAUCACGAGUAAUUGCUACUUUAAUUUCGUGAGGUCCUACCGGAUAAAGCAUUGUGACAUAAACCCACAAGGGUUGAUAUCAAAGGCGGCAAAAGCGUGGAGAAUGCUGAAGACGCGAUUCAGUCAGAUCGAAAAGAAUGGCAUACGAAUCUGGAACAAACACAGUGAAUUGCGAAGCGAUCUGUUGGAGGAGGAGGAGCACGAAUAG